CAUCCUCGCAGGCGAGAUAGUAAAAAGAAAAAAAAAUGAAAAAUAGCUACCAAGAUGAGAUUCGAACACACGACUACUCCCGUGUCGGUGCUCAGAGAGGCAAAAAUUUCCAUUUUAGGACGGACAGCUGUAUUUGAAUACCGUAGAAUCUGCAAGCUAGUGUAAUUAAGUGGUUUAUAUAAUUGAAUCCUCUAUUUUUUUGUAAAUUGUUAGUUUAAUGUCUGAACAACAUUUUCCAAAAAAAAUUAGGACUAGUUGAUGUAUGUUGCAUGUUAAAGGAACAAAACUUCAUAAUUUACAUGAAUUGGUUUUAGAUGCAUAAUACUGACACAGCUCCCCCAGAUACACCAGAAACUCACCUGGAGAUCAAAUGCUGUUCUUGCCAUCGUGGUAUUCAGUCAAGUGACUGGGUAAGAAGAGCCAAGCAAAACGUGUAUCAUUUGGCAUGCUUUGCUUGUGAUGUCUGUAAAAGGCAACUAUCAACUGGCGAAGAGUUUGCACUACUUGAUAAUAGAAUUUUGUGCAAAUUACAUUAUGUGGAACAACUGGAAUUACCAGCUGUCCUUACAGAACCCCAUCCUAUCCAUAGACCUGUUAGCUCACAUGCAGAGUUAUCUCCCAACCCAAGUCUUGAAAGUGAAAACAUAUGGAUGAAACCUAAUCGUAACAAAAGAGUCCGGACAUCGUUUAGUGAGGAGCAAGUUCAAGUCCUGCAGGCCAACUUUGAGGUGGAUGCAAAUCCAGAUAGUUCAGAAUUAGAAAGAAUUGCUUCUGACGUUAGCUUACCCAAAAGAGUUACUCAAGUAUGGUUUCAAAAUUCUCGUGCUAGACAAAAGAAGCAGCAACAACAACAAAAAAUGUUGUCACCAUAGUCUGUAUGAAACAUGAGAAAUGUGGAAAUUUAUAUUUGGAAUGAGUUGUACUUGUUAUUCUUUUUGUUAUAAUAGAGUUUAAUUUUUCAUAGUAUACACAUUUUCUGUGAGAAUAUGUUAUGGUUAUCACAUAGAUUAAUUUAUGCAUAACAUAAAUCUGCAUUUUCCAAAAGCAUCUUUUUGGAUGAAACAUUGAAUAUUCGCAAUAGUUUUUAAUUAUUUUUUUUUUAUUGAAGAGGCUUUUUUACCUGAAAACCAGGAUUUACACUUUUCCAUUGUUUUCCUUUUUUCCUUUACAACCCAAUACUAAUAGCAGAAAAAAUAAUUUAAUUUGAAUCCAAUCAUCAGCCUUUUUGAAAUUAAAAUUUAAUUACUUUUAAUAAGCAAUAGUAACAUGUUACCCUGAACAAGUGCUGUCCCCUCAUUUUGACAACUUAAAAUAAGCAGUCAUUCCAGAAAAGUGCUAAUUGAUGAGCAGUUAGACUCACUUGAGAAAAUAUGUUGUGCAAACACUUGUUUUUAUUUUUAGCAACAGAGUUUGUGAUGUUUUUCAGAUUCAGACACAUCCACAAGGUUAGUACUUAACUAACUUUCACAAAUCAAAACACUACUAAAUACUUGAGUCUUUGGAGUUUCUAAAUAAACCAUUUGAUCAGAUUCCAAAUAUAUAGGAUGCAUAACGUAAGAAAUUUUACUAACCCAGAUUGUGCAAGAGUUUUAUCCACUCUUAUGCUUUCAAAAUUGGAACAAUUUUUUUUUGAUGACUUAGUGAAAAUAGUUUAUUGUAUAAUCAGUUUGUUUUUUGGAUACUUUAGUAGGUCCUGUGGGUACAUGAAUAGUUUUCAAAAUUAUGUUUAUUGAUUACAUUUUAAUUUUAUAAUACGUUUAUUUAUAUUUAUGUAUCUUAUUAUGAGAUGUGUUUUGUAAUUCAAUGCUUAAAUAAAUAGAUUAUUCAAAUAAUGAGACUAGAACACAGAAUAAGGACUAUUAAAGUUUUUCGAGAAGUCAACAACUCUAGAAUGUAAAUCUACAAGUAUUUAAGCAAAUUUAUUUAUUUUUGUAAUUUUUGUUAUAAUAUAGAUUUUUCUGUUAUAUAUAGAUUUAAUUUUUGUUUCCAAAUAUAAUAAUUUGUUUGCUUAUAUAAUAGUAGUCAUUUAAAUUUCUCAGAAUCAAUAAUAUCUUUUGAUUCAAAACAGGUUAAGAAAACCAAAAUUGAAUUUUAUAGCCAUUAGGGAUAUUGGGCUCAUGUAAUUAUCCAACCUGAUUAUGGUAGGUGUGCCUACAUUUUAAUUUCAACAAAUGGCAACCUAGAUUUUGUCUGCAAUCUUUUAUCUAUAAAAGCUAAAAUACACGGUAAGUUUAAACGGACCAUUUAGUUGUAAGAAAAAACUUAUAAGUUUCAUUGCAGGUAAUAUACAUGUCUACACGUUAAGAUAAAAUGUAUAAGUUUUUUUUAAAAAACUUUUUUUUCACAAUGAAUACCAAAGAAAAAAACGUAAAUUUUCUGUUGCGAAUAUUGUUAUAGCACCAGCAGGGUAAAUGUUGAAAGAAUUAGAAAUUGAAAAAAAUAUUCUCAUAUCUUUAGUUUAAACAAUAGCUCAUUAAUCAUUCUGUUAAUUUCAAUAGAAAAAACUUAGCAAAAGUUGAACAUGUUCAACUUUU